CAUACGGCCACGGUUUACAAAUCUCCAUGUUAAGCGCGGGGACAGUCAUUGGUGUGUUAUUGGCAACUGUUAUCUUCUUACCCGUGUUUUACCCGCUCAAGAUGACCAGUAUUAAUGAGUACCUGGAGCUGAGGUUCCGCUCGAGGUUCCUCCGCCUCACCGUCUUCCUCGUGCAACUUGUCCCGACGCUCGUGUAUUCUGGCCUCUGUCUCUAUGCGCCUACGCUGGCCAUGGCUUCGGUUACGCCCCUGUCCGUCGAAGCCAAUAUCAUCAUUCUCGGAGUCGUGUGUUUCUUGUAUUCUGCAAUGGGCGGACUUCGCGCGGUCGUGUGGGCGGACGUGGUGCAAAUGAUGGUCAUUUUGGCGGGUUCCGUGUCUGUCGUGGUCGUCGCCUGCGUUCGCGUCGGAGGCCUGCAGGAGGUCUGGGACAUCGCGGAGAGUGCUGACCGAACGCAGCUCUUUGACCUGUCCCUGAACCCAUACAAAAGACACACUACCGCGAACGUAAUGACAAUGGGAGCGGUACUUUUUCUUAAUUCUUAUGCCGUUUCCCAGACCAACCUGCAACGUAUAUGCGCGGUGCCAACCAUAGGUCAAGCCAGGAGGGUCCUCCUUAUCAACCUCAUAGGGAUGGUGGCCAUGAGUAUCCUGCAGGACUUCAGCGGCAUCUGCGCCUUCGCCACCUAUCACGGCUGCGACCCUUUGGCGAGAGGGAUCAUCACUUCCAAAGACCAGAUCCUUCCUUACUUCGUCAUGGAUCAAAUGAGCUUUAUAUUGGGGAUGCCUGGACUCUUCGUCGCCAUGUUAUAUAGCGGAUCCCUUAGGUAA